UUAUCAGUGAACUCUGAAACCUGAAUUCCAUUUUGUAAGAUUUUGUUGAGUUUAAAGAGUACUUCAGUGCUGACUUUAGCUAAUGAGACAGAUAUCUACAUUCAUCUAAUUGUGGUGACACCGGGAAUUUGGGGAUGUAUUCUGAGGUUCUUUAAUUUUAUGAAAAUUUCUGUGCUGACUUUUGAGAUAGAGUGACUGUCCAGUCCUAAAUAUCUGGUGACUUUGUGGAUGCAGCACCAUAUUGUGAGACAGCUGGAUUGUUGGUGGCCUCGCUGUGCCUUUCCAGUUGAGGAAGGUGAGCCUAUCCACUGAAGGAUAUCAGAGCAGCAGUUGGAGUAUCAGAAAAUUAUCAGAAGAGGUGUCCAGCAUUUGUAAGCAGUCUAGUCUCAAGGAACUGAGAUCCUGGGAAGGAGGAGUUUGACUGGAGAUAGCGGAGUGAAUAUCUCAAGAGGGCAAGGACUGAAGGACAGUAUCCAGCCUUUCAGUGCCAAGGAAAACCACAAUGGAUGAUGCCCAUAACAUCCAAUACUGCAACCUCCAAGACAAUGCUCAGGCCGAACAGAAGUUAGACAAUGCCCAGGCUACCAUGGCUGCAGCAGAGGAGGAAGAAGCCACCACCACCUCAAAGGCCGAGUAUGGUAGUGGAAUACCAAGUCCUCUCCAGAGUCCUGAGAGAGCCUGCUCUCCCUCUGUGGCACUGGCCUCCAUUCCUGAAGGCCCAUCUGAGGAGGCUUCCAUCAGACAAUUACAGGCACUGGAAGACCCACUCUUUUUGUUGCACAAUGCACAGAAUGUAAAGGUGUAUGAUUUGGUGGACUUUCUGCUUUUCAAAUAUCAAACGAAGGCAUUCACUACCAAAGCAGAAAUGCUGGAAACCAUUGGUAGAGAGUAUGAUGAAUAUUAUCCUCUGAUCUUUAGUGAGGCCUCUGAGUGCAUGAAGCUGGUCUUUGGCCUUGACAUAGUAGAAGUAGACCCUUCUGUCCAUUCCUAUGUCCUUGUCACUGCCCUGGGCAUCACCUAUGAUGGGAUGCUGACUGAUGUCCAGGGUAUGCCCAAGACAGGUGUCCUCAUAGUUGUACUGGGUGUCAUUUUUAUGAAGGGAAACUAUGUCAGUGAGGACAUUAUCUGGGAAAUGCUGAAUAAUAUAGGGUUGUGUGGUGGGAUGGAUCCUUACAUACAUAGAGACCCCAGGAAGCUCAUCUCUGAGGAGUUUGUCCAGGAAGGGUACCUGGAAUACAGACAGGUGCCUAACAGUGAUCCUCCUAGCCAUGUGUUCCUGUGGGGCCCAAGGGCCUUUGCAGAAACCACCAAAUUGAAAAUCUUGCAGUUUUUUGCUAGCAUUACUAAGACUCAUCCCAGAGCAUACCCUGAAAAAUAUGCAGAAGCUCUGAGAGAUGAGAUAGACAGGGUCGAGGCCUGGAUCUUCCAGCAGAUGCUUCGACUCUCUGAUCUGGGCACUUUCUAGUGCACUGGCAAUUCAUAUCUAACACUCAUCCAAAUAUUGUAGCCUCAUUUGGGAGCUGGUGGGAGGAGAGCAUAAUGCUUUUUACUUGCAUUCUAUUUGGGUGAAUUUAAGAUUCUUGAUAUUUCAAAAUGUUAAUACUCUUAAUACAAGAUCCAUUGGGUUUAAGUUUACUUAUUUUGCAAUGCAUGCAUUGUUGAUUUCCAGGUUUGAAGCAUUUUAUUAUUUUGAAACCGUAUAAGCAUGACUUCUGUCUUACUUUGUUAAAAUGUCAUAAAAUACUAUAGUACAUUGAUAUUGGUAUUAACUGGGCAAUGGGAAAAAUCUGGGCAUUAAUUUGUAAAAAAAAAGAAUAAAAUAAAAGUGUUAUGUCUA